AUGGCGCCGAGCAGCGCAGACCUCGCCGGCGACGGCUUCUCGGCGGAGCGCCUCUUCUCGCAGGGCGUCUCCUACACCUACGACGACAUCAUAUUACACCCAGGCUUCAUCGACUUCCCCGCGGACGUCGUGGACCUCUCCCGCGGCGUGUCCCUCUCCAUCCCAUGCGUCGCCUCCCCCAUGGACACCGUCUCCGAGUCCGCCAUGGCCUCCCUCGGCGGCGGCGCCGUCGUCCACUGCAACACCGAGCCCCACAUCCAGGCCUCCAUCGUCCGCGCCGCCAAAUCCCGCCGCCUACCGUUCGUAUCCUCCGUCCCCUUCUUCUCCCCGGCCUCCGCUCCAUCGCCCAACGACUUCGCGGGGCAUGAUUACGCCAUCGUCACCGAGCGUGGUGAUUCGCUUUCAAAGCUCGUCGGUGUCGCUGUCGCCGCCGACGCCGCCUCAUCUGGUGCACCUGUUCCAGUAUCCGAAUGCAUGUGCCCUGCCCCGCGCUCGGCCUCGGCCUCCUUCGACUUUGAGCAGGCCGCUGCCUUCCUCGCUGAUGAGGGUUUGGACUACGCCCCUCUUGUUCCUCCUAAGUAA